AUGAUCCAGGCAACAGGAAAAUUACCUGGCCCUUUUUUGUUGCAUCAUAAAAAUAUGCCUGAUGAAAAGAAAUCAUACUAUAUUGGAAAGGUAACAAGAAAAACAUAUGAAUAUUUGGGAAUUUAUUUGGCGACGACAGUUAUGGAAAAAUGGGUUCUUUCUUUUGGCAAUAGCAUGUCUACUGUUGGAUUUUUGCAUAGUAAUAAUCAUUACAGUAAAUACGAGGCUACAAACACAAUAUCCAAAAAAUCUCAUUCUGAUCACGCUCAUAAUCAUACUAUGGAUCAUUGCUACAGCCUUAUUCUGCCUGACUACCGGUUAUCGGAAAGCUGCUUUAGCAAUAAUCAUUACAAUCUUUUUCGUUCAUGUAAUUCUUUGGUUUGCACAGCGAUAGCUGACCUUUUUGUUACCUGUGCUGCAGCUAUGAUAAUAUUUCUUACAACCUACGCAAGCAAAAUGCAUCUACAUUCAGGACAUCCUAGACUACUGUUAUGGACAGCUUUAAUUGCUGUUGAAAUUGCAUCUCUGUGUGGUUUUAUUGCUUUCAAUUGA